AUGUGGCAUUCGUUUUUGUUCUGUCUUGUUAGUGCGGCUCAAGCCUCAACGUUGCAACCACGAAAUGAUGUUUCGCAGAUAGCUCGAAACGUUUCCGGUUUCACAGCAUAUGAUGUGUUGAACUACACAGAUACAGGUCUCGAUAAGGCGCCAAAGUUGGAAGUACCUCUUCGUAUUCUCUGUGUCGGAGACUCUAUUACAGAGGGAUGGGGAAGUGAUGCAAAUGGAGAAGAUGUUGUCUUUGCCGGCACUAGGCAUGGCGGUUCAAUGAAGGACAGUUAUCAUGCGGCCUGGUCUGGCAAGACGAUUCAGUACAUCAACAACCAUAUCAAUGAGUCGUUGGAGCAAAGACCCAAUGUUGUCCUUCUUCAUGCUGGAACGAACGACUUGGACAUACGCUCAUCCAUAUCUAAAGAGGGCAGUGACCCAAAGGACGCUGCCCUUCGUUUGGGUCAACUCAUUGAUAAGAUCAUGGAAUACUGUCCAGACGCAGUAAUUCUCGUCGCAGUACCUCUUUCAUCCUGUGACGGCUACAAACCCAAGAUGCCUGAAUUCAGAGCUCUGGUUCCUGGGGUUGUGCGACAGCGCCGACAAGACGGAGAGCAUGUGCUUGCGGUCGACUUUAGCAUAUUUGACCUCAAAGACUUGAGAGACUGCUUGCAUCCUACUAACGCUGGGUAUAGCAUCAUGGGCGAUUACUGGUAUGCCUUUUUGACGCAGGUGCCGGAUGGUUGGAUCAAGAAGCCCGUCGGCGAUGAUCCAGAGAGGGGAGAGGAGGAGAAUGGGGUUGGUGGAAAAAUAGAGACAGGCAGCAAGACUUUUCUUGGUGUCGGUCUAUGCUGGAUAUUAUAUUGGCGUGUCGUAGAGUUGUUGAGAUGA